ACGUGAGGACACAGUUGGAUUCGGAUUCAGAACUAUGAAAGAUCCGAAUCCGAGAAGGAAAGCGUCCCUUUUUCGUUUCUCUGCGGCGAGAGCUACGACCGGCGGCCGUGCGGCGCUGGGGAUCUCAUCGUUGCGGUCUCUUCGCGAGCGGAGGAGAAGAGGAUGGAGGACGACGUCGGCGCCCCUCCUCUCCGGCUGGUGAACUUCAUCUCCGAGGAUCAGUUGGACCAUGCGAAGAAAGCUAGGGGCUUGAGGGUUGAGGAUGGCACUGCUCAGCGGGACAGACCUCUCUAUGAGAUAUUGAAGGAAAAUAAGGAUAAAAAGGAUGCAGAGUUUAAUGAAAGAUUCAAGCAUAGGCCUCCUAAAGCCUUGGAUGAGGAUGAGACAGAGUUUUUGGAUAAUUUAGAGAUGACAAAGAGGGAAUACGAGCGGCAAAUUGCAAAUGAAGAAGCACUAGAACUUCGCAGUUUUCAAGAAGCAGUGGCUGCCCAAACAAACAUUGUUCAUGAGCUUAAAGAAACUCGCAUGGUGUCUAGACCUGAGGAGCAAAAGCCAGUCCUGAAGAGGAACACAAAUGCUCGCCCGGGGAACCUAAUCAUCUCAGUAAAAUCUCAACCAAAGAAAGCCAAGACAGAUGUAGUGCUUGAUAAAUCGUCAGAACCAGCAAAACCAGCCAAUGCCCAUGACAAUAAGCCCUCUGAGACAGCACUUGGAAGCUUGGUCUCUUAUGGUGAUGACGACAGUGAAGAUGAAGAUUGACAACACUUCUUGAUGUGUUAUUUUCCUUAUAAAACUGUUCAAUAUGGUUUUUUUGCUUGUAGAAAACCUUCAGCUGUUAUUAAUACUAUUGUUUUUUUUUUUUUUU